GGCGGCAGGCCGGCGAGGGAACGGCGACGGCCGCGCGGAGCCGCCGGCAUGAGCGAGCCCAGCCGCCCCGCGCGCCAGGCCGGGCCUUUCUGACCGGAGGUGUGAAGGCACUGCUUGGAGUUACAAUCAUGGUGCAAAAAUACCAGUCCCCGGUGAGGGUGUAUAAACACCCCUUUGAGUUAAUUAUGGCUGCCUAUGAAAGGAGGUUCCCGACCUGUCCUCUCAUCCCCAUGUUUGUGGACAGCGACACUGUGAAUGAGUUUAAGAGCGAAGACGGGGCCAUCCACGUCAUCGAGAGGCGCUGCAAGCUGGACGUCGACGCCCCCCGGCUGCUCAAGAAGAUUGCAGGAGUUGAUUAUGUUUAUUUUGUCCAGAAAAACUCCCUGAAUGCCCGGGAACGCACUUUGCACAUUGAGGCCCAUAACGAAACGUUUUCAAAUCGCGUCAUCAUCAAUGAGCAUUGCUGUUACACUGUUCACCCCGAAAACGAAGACUGGACUUGCUUUGAACAGUCUGCGAGUUUAGAUAUUAAAUCUUUCUUUGGGUUUGAAAGUACUGUAGAAAAAAUCGCAAUGAAGCAAUAUACCAGCAACAUUAAAAAGGGCAAAGAGAUCAUCGAGUACUACCUGCGGCAGCUGGAGGAGGAGGGCAUCACCUUCGUGCCGCGCUGGACCCCGCCUUCCGCCACGCCUUCCGCAGACACGUUGUCAAGCAGAACGCCAGCAGUGGCCGCGGCUGCCGUCACCCCAGAUGCCGCCCUCAAAGAGGGGCUGUGCAGCGAGGCCUCCAGCACCCCUGGCGGGGGGCCCGAGACCCCUGCAGGAACUCCUGACGACAAACUGGAUGCGGACUACAUCAAGAGGUACCUGGGCGACCUGACCCCGCUGCAGGAGAGCUGCCUCAUCAGACUGCGCCAGUGGCUGCAGGAGACCCACAAGGGCAAAAUUCCCAAAGAUGAGCACAUUCUACGGUUCCUUCGCGCGCGGGACUUUAACAUUGACAAAGCCAGGGAGAUUCUUUGCCAGUCUCUGACGUGGCGGAAGCAGCACCAAGUGGACUACAUCUUGGACACCUGGAACCCCCCGCAGGUCUUGCAGGACUACUACGCGGGAGGCUGGCACCACCACGACAAAGACGGGCGGCCGCUCUACGUGCUGCGGCUGGGCCAGAUGGACACCAAGGGCUUGGUGAGAGCCCUGGGCGAGGAGGCCCUGCUGAGAUACGUGCUGUCCAUCAAUGAAGAAGGCCUGCGUCGCUGUGAGGACAACACCAAGGUCUUCGGCCGGCCCAUCAGCUCCUGGACCUGCCUGGUGGACCUGGAGGGGCUGAACAUGCGCCACCUGUGGCGGCCGGGGGUCAAGGCCCUGCUGCGCAUCAUCGAGGUGGUGGAGGCCAACUACCCGGAGACGCUCGGCCGCCUGCUCAUCCUUCGCGCGCCCCGCGUCUUCCCCGUCCUCUGGACCCUGGUCAGCCCGUUCAUUGAUGACAACACCAGGAGGAAGUUCCUCAUUUACGCAGGCAAUGACUACCAGGGGCCCGGAGGCCUGCUGGACUACAUCGACAAGGAGAUCAUCCCAGACUUCCUGAGCGGGGAGUGCAUGUGUGAGGUGCCGGAGGGCGGCCUGGUCCCCAAGUCUCUGUACCGGACGGCGGAGGAGCUGGAGAACGAGGACCUGAAGCUGUGGACAGAGACCAUCUACCAGUCUGCCAGCGUCUUCAAGGGAGCCCCGCACGAGAUCCUCAUUCAGAUUGUGGACGCCGCCUCUGUGAUCACGUGGGACUUUGACGUGUGCAAAGGGGACAUUGUCUUCAACAUCUACCACUCCAAGAGAGCGCCACAGCCGCCCAAAAAGGACUCCCUGGGCGCCCACAGCAUCACCUGUCCCGGCGGGAACAACGUGCAGCUCAUAGACAGGCUGUGGCAGCUGGGCCGGGACUACAGCAUGGUGGAGUCGCCCCUGGUGUGCAAGGAGGGCGAGAGUGUUCAGGGCUCCCACGUGACCCGGUGGCCAGGCUUCUACAUCCUGCAGUGGAAGUUCCACAGCAUGCCGGCCUGCGCCGCCACCAACCUGCCCCGGGUGGACGACGUGCUGGCGUCCUUGCAGGUGUCCUCCCACAAGUGCAAGGUCAUGUACUACACAGAAGUGAUUGGCUCAGAGGACUUCAGAGGCUCGAUGACCAGCCUGGAGUCCAGCCACAGCGGCUUCUCACAGCUGAGCGCCACCACCACGUCCUCCAGCCAGUCGCACUCGAGCUCCGUGGUUUCCAGAUGGCGAUUUUGCUGACAGCUGCCAAGGAAACGCUCCACCGACAGUCCUCAUGUGCCCGAGAUGUUUCUAGAACUGUUUUGAGUUACAGCCAUGCCCCUACCCCCAGGCUGAAGAUCUGCCCUUGUCAGUGGGUGCCGAGUGGCAUGGGUCCCCACCCAGAGAGAGUGAGGCACCCUUUGGAGAGCAGGCUCAUCCGUGCCCCGCUUCCGGGCCGUCCUUCACCCUGGCGGUCACUCCCCUUUCCAGUUCUCCAGAGUUUUUGGGCUAUCCCCUCCCAAGGUAAUGAUUUGCAUAUCGGAUUCUGUAAAUGUUUUGUAAACCUCUUACCUCACUCUUGGUAAUACAAUACUGAUAGUCUUUAAAAGAUUUUUUAUUGUUACUGAUAAUAAAUGUGAAGCUAUUUAAA